UCCUCCCUAAACGCCCCUUCCUGGACGGCGGGACCUGCUUAUACGGUGCCCACGCAUCGGGCCGUGGGAGGCGGGCUCUGUUUCUGACUCAUCCUUCGGCCGAGGGCGAUGGCGGCGGCGGCGGGGAGGGCGCGGGCGGUGAGCCUGGCGGCGGCGGUGCGCGUGGUGGCGGCCACGGCGCGGCCGGCGUCGAGCGCGGCCGCGGCGGCGGGAGUGGGCGCGAUGGCGUUGAUCGUGCAGGGGGAGGACACGGCCUUCGGGUCGCUGGAGUGGUGGGCGUACGCGGGCAUCUCCUGCUUCCUCGUGCUCUUCGCCGGGAUCAUGUCCGGGCUCACACUCGGGCUCAUGUCGCUCGGCCUCGUCGAGCUGGAGAUCCUCCAACGCAGCGGCACCGACGCCGAGAAGGCUCAGGCUGCUGCCAUCCUUCCAGUUGUUCAAAAGCAACACCAGCUUCUUGUCACCCUGUUGUUGUGUAAUGCUGCUGCCAUGGAGGCACUUCCUAUAUUUCUUGACAGAAUGUUUCAUCCUGUUGUUGCUGUAAUAUUGUCAGUGACAUUUGUUCUUGCCUUUGGAGAGGUUAUACCGCAAGCAAUCUGUACCAGAUAUGGUCUGGCAGUGGGUGCUAACUUUGUAUGGCUCGUACGCAUUCUCAUGGUCAUCUGCUAUCCAAUUUCUUACCCUAUUGGGAAGAUCUUGGACUGUGCUCUUGGGCACAAUGAGUCUGCACUUUUUAGGCGAGCUCAGUUGAAAGCUCUUGUUUCAAUCCAUAGCAAAGAGGCUGGCAAGGGUGGAGAGCUCACCCAUGAUGAGACUACAAUCAUAAGUGGAGCCUUGGACCUGACCGAAAAGACUGCUGCAGAAGCUAUGACACCUAUUGAGUCAACUUUCUCACUAGAUGUGGAUUCCAAGUUGGACUGGGAAGCUAUUGGAAAAAUUCUUGCCCGUGGUCACAGUCGUGUUCCUGUAUACUCAGGGAACCCUAAAAACAUCAUCGGUCUCCUAUUGGUGAAGAGUCUUUUGACUGUUCGUGCUGAAACUGAGACGCCAGUUAGUGCUGUUUCAAUUAGAAGGAUUCCAAGGGUUCCUUCAGACAUGCCUUUGUAUGAUAUACUCAAUGAGUUUCAGAAAGGAAGUAGUCAUAUGGCUGCUGUUGUGAAGGCUAAACCCAAAACUGAACCACUCCCUGAUAAAACUGAACCAAACAGGGAAGUAGUUGGGUCAGCACAGUUGACUGUUCCCUUGUUAUCUAAUGCUGAAGAAAGUGCAGACAAUGUGGUUGUGGAUAUCGAAAGACCACAUAACAGGCAGGUUAAUGGAAACGCAGUGCCUAGGUCAUCAGAGGAUAUUGAGGACGGUGAGGUCGUUGGUAUCAUCACACUUGAAGAUGUAUUUGAAGAACUCCUACAGGAGGAAAUAGUGGAUGAGACUGAUGAAUAUGUUGAUGUUCAUAAAAGGAUCCGAGUAGCUGCUGCUGCCGCUGCAUCAUCGGUUGCAAGGGCUCCAUCCGUUAGGAGAUUAACAGGCCAAAAGGCUGCAAACCUUCAGGGAGCACAGAAUCGCCAAGGACAGCAACCUCCUGGAAUUCUCAAGAAACCCACUGAGGGUGAUUCAAACCCAUCAAAACAAGUGAACCUUGUGGAGCCUCUUCUGGAAAAGAGGAGGUAACUCUAAAAUGCGUCGAGCACCGUAGCCGAUAAAACGCGCGGAAUCAAGCUGGAAGAGCCUAUGGUUCUUGCUAUAUAGCAAGAGGUACAUACAGAUGAACUCAUUGUUGUAAAUUCCAACAGGAGCGAUGUGCUUUUGGUGUCAUGGUCUCAUGGACAUUAGUGUUGAAUUCUUUCUCUUCCGCCUCCCCCUUUUAGUUAUGGGCUUCGAAAGUAGAAUAGCCACUUUUGAAUCUGUCUAUGACCGCUCACCGGCGGUAGCACCUGCUUUAUAUAUAUGCUUCAAAUUCGUAGAUAACUAGGCUUUAUAUAGUUAUUCAUAAGAUGUUUUUUUGAUCGAAACGGACAUGCUCGUAGUGUGAACCAGUUGAGAAUACCAUGUUGCUAUAUUUUUCCUACGAAAAGAUUAUUCCACGUGGACCA